AUGUGGUUUGGUAGAAAGGGUAAGGUUAGCCCUCAUUUUAUUGGCCUUUAUGAGAUUAUUAGGAGAAAUAGGAAGGUGGCUUAUGAGUUAAAGUUACCAUCUGAGAUGGCCAUGGUGCAUCUUGUGUUUCACAUUUCAAUUUUGAGAUUGUAUAAACCUGAUCCUUCCCAUGUCUUGACUCAUGAAGAUAUUGAAAUCAACAAAGGUUUGUCUUAUGAAGAGGAACCAGUUCAGAUCUUAGAUCGACAAGUAAGAUGGUUUAGGACGAAAGAUGUGGCUUCAAUGAAAGUCCUGUGGCGAAAUCAUAAUACUGAAGAAACAACUUGGGAAGCAAAGGAGGACAUGAAGAAAAGAUACCCUCAACUAUUUCCUAUGAAGAGGUUUCCAAUUGAUGAUGCAGAUGAUGAUGAGGAGUACUCCUUCCUAUCAGAUGAUGGUGCUGAGUUUGGUAGUCGGCGUGGCAAUACUAAUAGAGGUUAUGAGGCCCAGAGCUCGACAUUUGGAUAA